AUGCAGUCAAGGCUGCGGUUAUUGGCUCUUGCCCUUAUUCUGGGUCUUGUCAUCACCAAUGUAUCCUCAGCGGAAAGAAGAAGAAAACAUAGACGCCGUACAACAACAGAAGCUCCUUUCCAGCCAGAAGUAAUGAACCUUCUUAAAGAAGAAGACACUUCUAAGGAAAAGUUGGUCGCCAAGAUGGACGACCAGGACUCAAACUCCGAAAGCGGGGAACAUGACAAUAGUAAUGAACCCAAAGAUGGCGUAUUGAGAAUGGAUCCUUGUUUGGAUAAACAUUGCGGCGCUGGACGAGUUUGUCGGGUUAAUGAUCUUGGAGCUGCAGAGUGUGUUUGCAUAGAAGUUUGCGAUGAAGAAAAAGAUCCCCGGCGUAAAGUUUGUACCAAUUACAACGAAACAUUUGGAAGCGACUGUGAAGUUUACCAAGCACGUUGUUUCUGUGACUCUGGUGAUUCUCGUUGUCGUGGUCCAGAUUAUCAGCACGUCCAUAUUGAAUACUACGGCGAGUGCCGUCAAAUGCCGAUGUGCAAAGAAGAAGACAUGAUGGACUUCCCCCGAAGAAUGCGCGACUGGCUCUUCAACAUAAUGCGCGACAUGGCGGAUCGUCAAGAGUUGCCAACUCACUUUUUGAAAAUGCAGCGGGAAGCUGAAACAAACUUAACCUUACGCUGGACCAAUGCCGCCAUUUGGAAGUGGUGUGAUCUUGACGGGCAUCCUCAUGAUCGUGCCGUUUCACGGCACGAACUCUUCCCGAUUAGAGCGCCUCUCAUGGCACUGGAACAUUGUAUCGCUCCCUUUUUGGACGGGUGUGAUGAGAACAAUGAUCAUAAGAUCAAUUUGGUUGAGUGGGGAAAGUGUCUUCAGCUUGAUGAGGACGACUUAGAUGACAAGUGUGACGAGCUUGAAGAAGCUGGACAUUAA